GUAUGUGUGUGCGUGUGUGUGUGUGUGUCCAGAGGCCAGGUGAUGAAGAGAGCCAGCCUUGCUCUAUGAGAUUCCUUAUUCCCUGUUCUCUGGGGAACAGUGGGAGGUUAGUAGGACUGCACAUCCUGGAACCAUUUUGAGCCUCCUCUGCCUUGCUCAGGAUCCUAUAGUCUGAGGUUCCAACUUGGCGUAAUGCUGUGCUGGCACCUUCAAUGGUAACCCCACCACCACCACUGCCACCGCCACCGCCACCACACACACCCAUAGGCUGACUUCCUCUGAGUUGCAGCUUCCCCUCCACUGUUUCAGGAAGUAACCUCCCUUCCCCUCUGAAGCACCCCCCACGCUUCCGGGCCCCUGCUGCAAGCUACCCACCAGGCUUUUUCCUAGCUUCUGCACCCUGGGGUGCCUCAGGACCCUUGGGGCUCCUACUUCCCGGGGUUGGGCCAUGGAGGCAGAUGCAGUGAGUGAGGGGGGGGCCAUGGCGGAGGAGCGGCCCCCCCGGCUGGUGGAUUACUUCGUGGUAGCUGGGCUUGCAGGGAACGGAGCACCCAUCCCUGAGGAAACGUGGGUUCCUGAACCCAGUGGGCCCCUGCGCCCUCCCCGGCCAGCUGAGCCCAUCACAGAUGUGGCAGUCAUCGCUAGGGCACUGGGCGAGGAAGUGCCCCAGGGCUACACAUGCAUCCAGGCUUCUGCUGGGGGCCACCCCUUGGAACUCAGUGCUGGGCUUCUUGGUGGAACUCAGCCCGUCAUCUGCUACCGCAGGGGCCGUGACAAGCCCCCCCUCGUUGAGCUGGGGGUGUUGUAUGAGGGGAAGGAACGUCCCAAGCCUGGCUUCCAAGUGCUUGACACGACACCCUACAGCCACUCAGCAAACCUGUCCCCUCCAGGCCCCGGGCACCCCCGCACCUACCUCACUUACCGGCGGGCAGCAGAGGGGGCAGGGCUGCAUGCCCUGGGCGUCACUGACCUCUGCCUGGUGCUGCCCAGUAAGGGCGAGGGCACUCCUCAUACUUACUGCCGGCUGCCCCGCAACCUCAACCCUGGCAUGUGGGGCCCAGCAGUGUACCUGUGCUAUAAGGUGGGCCUGGCGAAGGCCAACACGCUGGUGUACGAGGCAGAGCUGCUGGGCCGCUACCCGGAGGAGGACAAUGAGGCGUUCCCGCUGCCCGAGUCAGUGCCCGUCUUCUGCCUGCCCAUGGGGGCCACUAUCGAGUGCUGGCCUGCCCAGACCAAGUACCCCGUGCCCGUCUUCUCCACCUUUGUGCUCACGGGUGCUGCUGGUGAUAAGGUGUAUGGUGCCGCCCUGCAAUUCUACGAGGCGUUCUCAAGGGCCAGGCUGUCAGAGCGACAGGCACGGGCACUGGGCCUGCUGAGCGCCGUGGAGCGGGGUCGGGCACUGGGGGGCAGAGCUGUGCGCAGCCGGCGCGCCAUCGCUGUGCUGUCCCGCUGGCCUGCCUUCCCUGCCUUCCGCGCUUUCCUCACCUUCCUUUACCGCUACUCCGUCUCAGGCCCCCACCGCCUACCCUUGGAAGCGCACAUCUCCCACUUCAUUCACAACGUCCCCUUCCCUUCCCCACAGAGACCCCGCAUCCUAGUGCAGAUGUCUCCCUAUGACAACUUGCUCCUCUGUCAGCCUGUAUCCUCACCCCUGCCCCUCAGUGGUGCCAGCUUCCUGCAGCUGCUGCAGAGCCUGGGCCCUGAGCUGGCUAUCACACUGCUGCUGGCUGUGCUCACAGAGCACAAGCUGCUGGUCCACUCUCUGCGGCCAGACCUGCUCACCAGCGUCUGCGAGGCCCUCGUCUCGAUGAUCUUCCCACUGCACUGGCAGUGCCCCUACAUUCCUCUGUGCCCGCUGGUGCUGGCAGAUGUGCUGAGUGCCCCAGUGCCCUUCAUUGUGGGUAUCCACUCCAGCUACUUUGAUCUGCAUGACCCGCCUGCUGAUGUCAUCUGUGUCGACCUUGAUACCAACACGCUCUUCCAGACUGAGGAAAAGAAGCUCCUCUCCCCUCGGACCCUGCCCCGCAGACCCUACAAGGUUCUGCUGGCCACACUGACAAACCUGUACCAGCAGCUGGACCAGACAUACACAGGACCUGAGGAGGAGGCAUCCCUGGAGUUCCUACUGACAGACUACGAGGCAGUGUGUGGCCGCAGGGCCCGGCUGGAGCGCGAAGUCCAAGGAGCGUUCCUCCGCUUUAUGGCCUGUCUGCUCAAGGGCUACCGGGUCUUCCUGCGCCCACUCACCCAGGCCCCCUCCGAGGGAGCUCGUGAUGUUGACAACCUUUUCUUCCUGCAGGGCUUCCUCAAAUCCCGGGAACGCUCCAGCCACAAACUUUACUCUCAGCUGCUGCACACACAGAUGUUCUCACAGUUCAUUGAGGAGUGCUCUUUUGGCUCUGCUCGCCAUGCUGCCCUUGAAUUCUUUGACUCUUGUGUUGACAAGGUCCACCCAGAGCAGGAGAAGCCUGAGCCGACACCCUUAGUAGAGCUAGAGGAGCUGUCAGGAAGUGAGCUCACUGUCUUUAUCACACCUCCCGAGGAGCCUCCCAUACCAGAGGGCAGUGAAUCCACUCCCCAGUACUGCUACGAUGGAUUCCCAGAACUACGGGCUGAGUUGUUUGAGUCUCUUCAAGAGCAACCUGGGGCCCUGCCUGUGCCAGGCCCUUCCCGUAGCGCCCCCAGCAGUCCUGCUCCUCGCCGUACCAAACAGGAGAUGAAGGUUGCACAGCGGAUGGCACAGAAGUCAGCAGCUGUGCCUGAGCUGUGGGCCCGGUGCCUGCUGGGGCACUGCUAUGGGCUGUGGUUCCUGUGUCUGCCUGCCUAUGUGCGGUCAGCACCCUCCCGAGUGCAGGCACUGCACACAGCCUACCAUGUGUUGCGCCAGAUGGAGAGCGGCAAGGUGGUGCUCCCUGAUGAGGUGUGUUACCGGGUACUGAUGCAGCUCUGCUCACACUAUGGGCAGCCUGUGCUGUCUGUGCGGGUCAUGCUGGAGAUGCGGCAGGCAGGCAUUGUGCCCAACACCAUCACCUAUGGCUACUACAAUAAGGCUGUGUUGGAAAGCAAGUGGCCGUCUGGCACACCAGGUGGGCGUCUGCGCUGGGCCAAGCUCCGGAAUGUUGUCCUGGGGGCUGCUCAGUUCCGUCAGCCCUUGAGAGAACGGCAACAGCAGCAGCAGCAGCAGGAGCAGGUGUCAGCACAUCAAGAGGCAGGCAGCUCCCAGGCAGAGCCCUAUUUGGAGCGCCCUUCCCCUACUCGCCCUCUUCAGCGCCAGACUACUUGGGCUGGGCGAAGUCUGAGAGACCCAGCCUCACCCCCUGGACGCCUGGUGAAGAGUGGUAGCCUGGGCAGUGCCCGAGGGGCACAGCCCACUGUGGAGGCCGGUGUGGCCCACAUGAUAGAGGCCUUGGGGGUCCUGGAACCCCGGGGAUCACCUGUGCCCUGGCACGAUGGAAGUCUCUCAGACCUGAGCCUGACGGGGGAGGAGCCGGUCCCUGGAGGCAGCCCAGGGGGCUCAGGCUCAGCCCUGAGUGCCCAGUCCACUGAGGCCCUGGAAGGGCUAAGUGGGCGGGGACCCAAGGCUGGUGGGCGACAGGAUGAGGCAGGCACCCCCCGACGAGGGCUGGGUGCCCGCCUCCAACAGCUGCUCACUCCUUCCCGCCACUCCCCCGCCUCCCGCAUUCCCCCACCUGAGCUGCCUCCUGACCUGCCUCCCCCAGCCCGCCGCAACCCCAUGGACAGUCUUCUGCACCCCCGGGAGCGCCCUGGAUCCACUGCAUCCGAGAGCUCAGCCUCUCUGGGCAGUGAGUGGGACCUCUCAGAAUCUUCUCUCAGCAACCUAAGUCUUCGCCGUUCCUCGGAGCGCCUCAGUGACACCCCUGGAUCCUUCCAGUCACCUUCCCUGGAAAUUCUGCUGUCCAGCUGCUCCCUGUGCCGUGCCUGUGAUUCACUGGUGUACGAUGAGGAAAUCAUGGCUGGCUGGGCACCUGAUGACUCUAACCUCAACACAACCUGCCCCUUCUGCGCCUGCCCCUUUGUGCCCCUGCUCAGUGUCCAGACCCUUGAUUCCCGGCCCAGUGUCCCCAGCCCCAAGUCUGCUGGUGCCAGUGGCAGCAAAGAUGCUCCUGUCCCUGGAGGUCCUGGCCCUGUGCUCAGCGACCGCAGGCUCUGCCUUGCUCUGGAUGAGCCCCAGCUCUGCAACGGGCACAUGGGGGGAGCCUCCCGACGGGUUGAGAGUGGGGCAUGGGCAUACCUGAGCCCCCUGGUGCUGCGUAAGGAGCUGGAGUCGCUGGUAGAGAAUGAGGGCAGUGAGGUGCUGGCGUUGCCUGAACUGCCCUCUGCCCACCCCAUCAUCUUCUGGAACCUUUUGUGGUAUUUCCAACGGCUACGCCUGCCCAGUAUUCUACCAGGCCUGGUGCUGGCCUCCUGUGAUGGGCCUUCGCACCCCCAGGCCCCAUCUCCUUGGCUAACCCCUGAUCCAGCCUCUGUUCAGGUACGGCUGCUGUGGGAUGUACUGACCCCUGACCCCAAUAGCUGCCCACCUCUCUAUGUGCUCUGGAGGGUCCACAGCCAGAUCCCCCAGCGGGUGGUAUGGCCAGGCCCAGUACCUGCAUCCCUUAGUUUGGCACUGUUGGAGUCAGUGCUGCGCCAUGUUGGACUCAAUGAAGUGCACAAGGCUGUGGGGCUCCUGCUGGAAACUCUAGGGCCCCCACCCACUGGCCUGCACCUGCAGAGGGGAAUCUACCGUGAGAUAUUAUUCCUGACAAUGGCUGCUCUGGGCAAGGACCACGUGGACAUAGUGGCCUUCGAUAAGAAGUACAAGUCUGCCUUUAACAAGCUGGCCAGCAGCAUGGGCAAGGAGGAGCUGAGGCAGCGGCGGGCACAGAUGCCCACUCCCAAGGCCAUUGACUGCCGAAAAUGUUUUGGAGCACCUCCAGAAUGCUAGAGACCCUUAAGCUUCCCUCUCCAGCCGAAUGCUAGAGACCUUAAGCUUCCCUCUCCAGCCUGGGGUGGGGAAGUGAGGAAGAAGGGAUUCUAGAGUUAACCUGCUUCCCUCUUCCCUUCAUGGAGUUGGGAACAGGCUGGGAAGGAUGCCCAGUCAACGGCUCCAAGCGAGGACAGCAGGAAGAGGGAUCCACUGUUACCAAAAGUCCUGAUUCCCCCAUCACCAACCUACCCAGUUUGUUCGUGCUGAUAUUGGGGGAGAUCUGGGGGGAGUUGAUACAGCUCUGUUUUUCCCUUGUCCUAUACCAGGAACUCCCCUCCAGGGUACCCACAGAUCUGCAUUGCCCUGGUCAUUUUAGAAGUUUUUGUUUUAAAAAACAACUGGAAAGAUGCAGAGCUACUGAGCCUUUGCCCUGAAUGGGAGGUAGGGAUGUCAUUCUCCACCAAUAAUGGUCCCUCUUCCCUGACGUUGCUGAAGGAGCCCAAGGCUCUCCAUGCCUUUCUACCUAAGUGUUUGUAUUUUAUUUUAAGUUAUUUAUUCUGGAGCCACAGCCCCCUUGCUUAUGAGGUUCUUAUGGAGAGUGAGAAAGGGAAGGGAAAUAGGGCACCAUGGUCCGGUGGUUUGUAGUUCCUUCAAAGUCAGGCACUGGGAGCUAGAGGAGUCUCAAGCUUCCCUUAGGAAGAAUUGGUGCCCCCUCCAGUCCUAAUUUUUCUUGCCCGCCCCACCUUGGGGAAUGCCUCACCCACCCAGGUCCUGACCUGUGCAAUAAGGAUUGUUCCCUGCGAAGUUUUGUUGGAUGUAAAUAUAGUAAAAGCUGCUUCUUUUUCCUUC